UGUGUCUGGAACUGGAUGGAUGCUGUCCCUCUGGGACUGACUGCCAAAUCACACAGUCCUCGUCGGCUUGGCGCUGACUGUGAGAAACCGAAGCCAGAGUUUGAACCGGGGAACGCAGAGGAGAAAGCAAAGACCAUGUCGUGUGUCCUCCGUGGGGUGUUGCGCUGCCGUUUAGCCGGGGAGCAGUCUUUCAUGCAAAAGGCGAACAUCCACGGAAAACCACCGAAAGAGAAAAUUGGCCCUUUGAUGACAGCUCUGUGUCUGUCCGUUUUCGCAAUGAGCCUUCUUGGACCAGCGGGUUGGAUUCUGCAUCAUCUGCCGGAAUAUCGCAAAAGAGAUUAAGAAGCACAAUGAGGCUUUGUGAUCGAGGUUCGAGUGCAUUCAGACCCCGCGGUUAUUUUUAGAAUGUGAAGCUGAAAGGACAUUGUAGUGAUAACAACGUGCUCUAUGUUGCUGUAGUCUUUAUCCCAACUGUCUCGGGUGCCUUGCAAAUUUGGCCAGGUGUCUUUUGUUUUUGCUGUUUCUGGAUGUCAAAUAAAAUCUCGCGAAGACUUAA